GUAGCAUGGGAAAAAGUGAGAUACCUGAUAGAUGGGACAAGUUUAGUCCUUUCAACAAAACUGUCCGUGGUACAUGUCUUCUGGCCCACAAGACGCCGCUUCAGACAUCUUUCAACCGCAAUCUUACACCCACCGAUCUUGUUCAAUCACUCAAGGAUAGAGGGAUGAACCUUAAACUCGUCAUUGAUCUCUCAAACACAGACAGAUAUUACGCCCCAAACGAAUUUGUACACCUAGGAGUUGCCCACAUCAAGGUACCAUGCACCCAUGACAAGAUCCCUUCACAAGACCAAGUAGACCGAUUUAAGGAGCUGGUCUCGUCUUUUCAGCAGCGCGGAUCCACCGUCAUCGGAGUGCACUGCUCCUACGGCGUCAACUGCACGGGUUACAUGAUCGCGCGCUACCUCAUAGAAACUCUAGGGUGGAGUGCAGAAGAUGCUAUUAACGAGGUGGACCUCGCGCGCGGACACACAAUGGAGCGUAUCACCCUCAUAGAGGACUUACUGAACAGAACUAAGAACUUGUCGCGCAAGCGGAAGAAGUUGUACCGCAGCACGCUGCCUCUUACCAAUGUUCGGAAUAAGGUUUGCAAUUGCAUGGGACCUCAGCAGUCCCACCUGGAGGAAAUAAUGUUCAACUAGUGGCGGGCUCUGCUGGACAAUCCAACCGGCUUUCAAUCAUCUGAUACAUAGACAUGUGAGAGGAGAUGACACGUGUGGAGAUGACACGUGUGUUACUGACUGUGUCGACAACAUUCGGCCCUGUGUAGUUCUUUAGUUGUAUACUUAGUUUAAACUAUAUGAUGUGACAGGGUUUACUUUUCUGACUGAUGUUAUAACGAUGUAACAUUUGGGUUAGAAUUUACCAUAAACAUAUAUUUUUAUCGAUAUUGUACGUCGUUUAAUUCGAGAAUUGAAGACAAAUGAUGAAAAUUUAAGUUAUUUCUAUUAAUCGUUUUUACUAUUGAAUAUAAACUGUAGCUGAAAUAACGUCCUGUUCCCAUGAUGUUGCACUUAAAUUACCGCAAUAAUUACUGAUUAGGGAGUCUAAUAUCAAGGAAAAGAAAAAUUAUAACUGUAAUUGCUCAUAAAUACUGUUCAUUUUUUAAACACCAUAUUGAAAAUAAUCACGCAUACUUUGAAAAUGAAAGUAUCUGAACGAUGAUUAAUUUUGGGUUAUAUAAUCAUUAUUGCUUGUUUUAGAGUUCUAACUUAUCAACUAAACACAUAGAUCGAUCAUUCACUACACAUGACUAGCCAUAGUUGGUCUUGACCAUUAGAACCAGACGGAAUGUGAGGCAUUUUACACUUCUCAUGUAAAAUAUCUUCCACCGAAAGUGCUGACAGCACAACACCAAAACUGGUUUCGUUUACGCUAUCAUGUUUUAAAUAGUAGGGAUUUUUUCACCGCGUGGGCGAAUUAAAAUUUUACCUAGGACACUGUAAUUUGCAUGUGAUUAAACGUACAAAAAGGACUAUAAACGAGGUUAUCGUGUUAUUUACAUUAAAUUUCAAUGAUAUUUACUCUGUUACUCUUGAAAAAAAGUACACAUUUUAACCUGCGACUUCUGUUAUUACCAAAACACUAUAACGACGAUUUAUGGUGCUAAUCAUACUAUUUCGAAUAUCAAAACUCAAGAUUUUCCAAUAGUUCGCAUUGCG